GAGCGCAGAGAGGGAAGAGAUGGGUAUUCAUUCAGUUAGCAUCUCAUUUAGGGGAGAGACUGCUGGCUAUGCCACCUAUCGACCAGGAGAAACUGUCCAUGGUGUCAUGACGCUCAUCAUCGGUGGCUGUGAGCCGCACAAGCUCUCAUCUGUAUUAGUCAAGGUACGAGGCUUGGCUAAAUCCCUUUGGAAGACUCAUAGCGGCUCGGGGAAGAACCGACACACCCACACUCACACCGAGGACCUGUGGCUCAUCAGGGAGGACAUCUUCUUUAUAAGAGGUCCGACGGUGGAGGCGCUACACCCGGGCACAUACCAGUACGCGUUCUCGCACCAGCUGCGCCUGGGCCUGCCGCCGACGUACAGCUGUCAGUACGGCACCAUCAGCUACAUGUGCAAGGCGCGCGCCAUCAGCCACGACCUGUUCGCCUUCAACGGCAAGUCCGAGUACACGUUCACCGUGCUGCCGGCGCUCGACCUGAACGCCGAGCCGGCCAAUCUGGCGGAGCCGGCUUCUGUGACUGCCGAGGCGCAGCAGUCGCUCUUCGGCCACGCGAUAGGUCGGUUCACACUGACCAUGUCGCCCCAGGCAGCCGUCGGAGGGCAGACCAUCUCCUUCACCAUUGACGGGCCCGAGCGGCUCUUCAGGAAACAGCUCAACGCGCCCGGCGUUGUCAAACUCAAACGGUGUACGCUGUGUAUCGCUAACGGUCGCCGCCGGGAGGAGAAGCGAGACGUGGCUGUCGUACAGCCGGGACAGUCGCCCAACGGAUGGCACCGCUUCGAGCUGACCGUUCCGCGCCACGAGGGCAUCACCAUCAGCGCCGUCAUGUGCCGCAUCAUCACAGUCACCUACUACGUCAAGAUCAAGUCUCGCCACAUCACGCUCUCGCUGCCGCUGGUGCUGGGCACGGUGCCGUUUCACCGGUCCCACGUGCGCAGCCGUUCCGUCUCUCCGCGCCCGACCGCGCCGUCCGCCGCCGGAGGCACCGAGCCGCGGCGGCGCUCCGCCUGGGCUGACAGUCCCAGUCUGCGGCCGCCGGCCGAGCACCACUCGUCCUCGGCGCCGGCGCUGGCCGCCGCGCCCGACUACGACCCGCCGCCCUCGUACGAGCAGGUGAUGCGCGACCAGCCGCACAGUCCCGGCCGAGCCGCCGCCGGCGGGCACACAGCCAGCGAGACUGAGCGCCGACACAAAAAGGAACACGAGGCCACUGGCUUCACGUUUCUGGGGGACAUGUGAGCGCUGCGCUCGCUGACCGGGCUCUGGACGGCCGACUGUCGGCCGGAUCAGGUCGACGGACAGGGUGAGUACAUUGCCACCUCCCCUCCUCCCUCCGCCUCGUCUCUCUCUGCUCUCCCUGGUGACAGCACUGGCCCGUGUCUCGGCCGGCGGGCAGAGCUGGGUGGAUGAUGCGGCGACCUGCCCACGGUGGGCUGUGUGGUGUCACACCGACAAGGGUACAGUCACAUCAGUUGGGGGUGACUCCAGAGGUGGGUACACUGUUCGGCCCACGGGGUGCUGUGUGCUGGUCAGUGACCGAAUUAGUCCCACAGAGGGCACGAUAAGUCGCAGUCUGGCGGUGGUCUGGUAAGCUUCGAUCUUACAGCCAGAAAUGGCAUACGUCGGCAAAAAUGUAGAUAGGCCUGCUCAGUGCUCUGUGGUGGUCUGCACAGACUGGCAUUUAUCAUGGCUACAAAAAGAGGUGAAUGGGAACUUAUGUGUAGUUUUAUGAAAAAUGCGUGCGACAAUCUUUAGGACUUGUGUGUAGUUUUAUGGAAUCGGUGUUGAUAUUCAGCCUGGUUGCUGCGUUUUCACUUUUUAUACACCAAAUCUGUUAUAUUAAUGAAUUUUUAAGUGGAUAUUGUCGGGUCAUUUGUAUGUUUAGAUCUGAAUCGAUAUUGACCUGUUAAGGAAUAUGAUCCUGUGUCGGACGCUGAUUGUCAGAGCAAAGAGUGCAAUUUUUAUGCAGCAGUGUUUUUCAUUACAUGACGUGUCUAGUCUGGUUCGGUUUUACACCAUGUCCGGCUCCUGCACGCACCUCUGUCUUACGCACGCCAUCGACGCCGAUUCUCCGUUCAGAGAGUCUCGUUUUUUCGUGACAAAGCUGCGGCGUCACCUAGCUGAGGCAGUGACGCCAUCUGUGCGAGAGUCGGUGGUCGGCAGCGCCCGCUGUGGUGUUGGGUCUGCGCUGGUAGGUCUCCCCUCUCGUAAUGUAUCUCCUCGUACAUUUCGAGCAGCAGAGGUCCAUACCAUCGCUAUGAGAAAGCGAACGCGGUGGGUGAUUUGGCGUCAGAGGUAGUAUAAGGGUGAGUUGUUGUUUUGUGAUGGUGCUGCCCUGUGAAUUCACCGUUUGUUGCAUUGUGGGAAAAGCUCCUCAGGGGCCGUCCCUUGAUGCAAACUUACUCGAUACACAUAACACAGCAAGCGUUGUGGUGAUGGGUUCGUUCCCCUUCAUGGUCUGCAGUACAACUGUUCAGUCAGUGGCUCAGUAUGCAAAACAGGCAUAUAAAACCCAGCAUGCACGAUACGUAUCUGUACACGCCAAUGACCUUCUCAGCCGUGUAUUGCACUACAUGUCGAGGUGACGGUGUACUCCGUUUCGCUUUCGUCGAUAUCCUUUAUCGCGAUAGUGACGGAAACCUUAAAUUUGUCUACUCCUCCGUUCGUUCGCUUCCUCGCGAGUGUCUUAGACACGAUCAGUUGUUUAGUUUUAAGACAAGCUCCAGAGUUUUGAGACAUGCGCCAGAAACAUGUACGUGAUGAUACGUGCCAAUUGGCUUUGUGGAGUGGUGAUAGGAUAGCCCGCACCACAGGCGUUGAAUUCACUUUUUGUGAGUUUUUAUUCUGAUGCUCACGCUAUUUUUGCGUGCAUUUAGGUAUAGAUCCCAAAGUUUGGUAAAACAAUGUAUUGUUUGUGUUUUAGUUUUUUAAUUAGUAGGACGCGUUUCAGUGGCACUUUACUCGUCCUGACGCCAGUGUGAUUGAAACUAUUCCUGUGUCGUGUUGUCUGCAACGCUGUGCCUUCGUACUAUGUUCAACGUGCGUCUGAACUUGUGUCUGAAAUUAAAUGUGUGUCUCAAGUCUGUUUGUGUGAAGCUAUCUGAUGUAUAUCUGUGGUUCAUCUGAACCGUUACAAGCAAGCUAAACAGCACACAUUUGUUGAAAUUGGACAGAGCGGGUUAUGUCCUUAAAUGGCACCUACUGUUAAUAACUUUAACGCCGCAGUUUAUGCAGCGUUGGGUGGCGCAACGCUGGUGAUUUGUGGACGUAUUGCGAGUAUCUGUAUGCUUGCGUUAGGUACAAGAGGUGAACCUCAUUAACAGUGUCUAUUUUAUGUUUUGAUAUUUGCUCUAGACCCAUGGCCUUGGCAGAGAAGGACGUCAUUAUGCUUGUUCUUUGAAGCCGCUGGAAUGCAUCCAUUGAGCUUAUAUGAGUUGUGUGUUUUGAUUUGAAUAGUGCUAGAGAAAAAGGUAAAAAUGGCCAGACCAGUUGUCGAUGCAUCGUCUGUUGAUUGACCAAAUAUGAAGCCAGAUGAACUCAAAUGGGGCAUUGGUUCUGUGAAGUUUGAUAGGCGAACAACAUGAAUACGCUCGUAACCAAUGUGUUUAUGGGCAUGGUGUCUUCAGUUUUAACAUGCGGCGAUUUAUUGCAUAAAAUGUCAGCUCAUCGUCAUAUUUAUCGCUUGUUUGAAACAUUUGUGUGCCUGUCGUCUCCGAAAAGAAAUAUCGCUCGAAUCCUGACCAUGUUACAUGUGUCUGCCUUUUCCGGUAAUGAAAAACUGCCUAAAUCGCGACAAUUCUUACAAUACAUCGUUUGGCUUUAU